AUGACCUCGGCCGUCGUAAUCGCCGGCGUUCGCUCCGGCGUCGGCAAGACCACCAUCGCCAGCGGCGUCAUGGGCGCCCUGGCCCGCCGUGGUCUGCGGGUCCAGCCCUUCAAGGCCGGCCCCGACUACAUCGACCCCUCGUAUCACACCAUCGCCUGUGGCGUGCCUUCGCGGAACCUGGACACCUGGAUGCUGCCCCAUCCGGUGGUCUCCGAGCUGUUCCACCGGGCGGCCGGCGCGGCGGACAUCGCCGUGGUCGAGGGUGUCAUGGGCGUCUUCGACGGCCACUCCUCGCUGGACGAGGAUGGCUCCACGGCUGAGCUGGCCAAGCUGCUGGACGCUCCGGUGAUCCUGAUCGCCGAUGCCGGCAAGGUGGCCCGCAGCGUGGCCGCCGAGAUCCUGGGCUACCAGCAGUUCGACCCCGACCUGCGCAUCGCCGGCGUGAUCCUCAACGGCGUGGGCAGCGAGCGGCACCUGGAGUUCUGCCAGCCGCAGAUCGAGGCCACCACCGGCCUGCCCGUGGUGGGCUGGCUUCCCCGCCGCGACGACUUGGUCCAACCCGAGCGCCAUCUGGGCCUCAUCCCCACCGCCGAAGGCACUGUUCUCAACAACUGGUACGACGCCCUCAACGCCCAGAUACAGCAGACCAUCGACCUGGACGCCAUCACCCGCAUCGCCGCCACCGCCGGCCGGCCCGACGCGACCUCGGAGGGGGUCUUCCCGCAGACGCCCCAGGCUGCGCGAACCGCCAUCGCCGUUGCCCAGGACCGCGCCUUCUCGUUCUACUAUCAGGACUCCCUCGACCUCCUGGCGGCAUGGGGAGCGGAGAUCAUCCCCUUCUCGCCGCUGGACGACGCAUCCCUGCCCCACGGCGUGGGCGGCGUAUACCUGGGCGGUGGAUUCCCCGAGCUGUUCGCCGAGGAGUUGUCCGGCAACGCCGGUAUGCUGGAAUCGAUGCGCGAGGCAAUUUCGCGCGAACUGCCGGUAUACGCAGAGUGCGGCGGCCUGAUGUACCUGGGCCGCAGCCUCUCCGAUCUGGACGGCCGGCAGUUCCCGAUGGUUGGCGCGAUCCCCGUAGUAUCCUCCAUGGAGGGUCGGCGGCUGCACCUCGGCUACCGCGAGGUUGCGGCCUGUGGCGACGGCCCGCUGCUGAUGGCCGGCCAGCAGGUGCGCGGCCACGAGUUCCACUGGUCGGUCCUGCAGGAACCGCCCGGACGCCGCCAGCGCCGCCUACCAGGUGGUCAACCAGGAUGGCCGGCCCGAGGGCUUCCGCGCCGGCAGCGUGUGGGCCUCCUACAUCCACGUGCACCUGGGCAGCCGCCCCGGCCUGGCGCAGCGCUUCGUCGACACCUGCGCCGCCGCAAACGGAGGGCCGUAGAUGGUCGCUAUCCAAGCCGAGGCUCCUGUCAAAGCACCGAGCGACGCGAGGCCGCCGUCCGAUUUCGACGGCUACUUCCUCAUCCCUCUCUCCGAGUUCGGGAGGUCAUUGGACAGUCCGGAUCUGGAUGCGUGGUUCGAGGGAUUUGCCGAACGAAACAAGGACGCGGUUGGUGA